CAUGCGAUGCCCGCCAAACGCCCCAGACUGGAUGCAGAUAUCGCCGACAGCGCUGCGCUCAUUCUGUCCCACGCCGAGGUCGUUGCAGCGCUGCCCAGCAAGAGGCUUUAUUGGGAGAGCCCGCUGACGGCCAGAAUUCAAUCUAUACUGAGUGCUGCCCGUCGCCAUAACCUCGAGCCUUCAGAAGUUGCCAGAGGAUUAUUGAUUGAGGGCCUCGGCGGCGCUGUGCGCGCCAGCCUUGCAUCGCAGGCCGCGCCCCUGAACGCCUCCGAGUGGGCCUUCAAGAGCAGGAUGGGGAGAGCGGCUGCUUGGGCGUGGCUCCUGGACCGUUGGCAUAGACACCAUAUCGUCAAAAUGAUUGCACUUCGCGCUCGCUCGCGCGGUGCGCACAUCGAGCUGAUCCAAGCGUGUGACCACGUAUCGUAUGACGAGACGCCCUUGGAGCUCCAGAGCAUGAGCGAGCAUCGCGAGGUAUCGCGAGGCGCCCCUUCUGCACUUCCCCCCGCCGCGGGUUCCGAAGUCGCGACUAUGACAUCUCGGGCCCUAGCUGUGGCGUUGCUGAGGGGGGCGUUCCGCGGAUUCAGGGCUAAGACGAUCACGAAGCUCUUCGCCACCAAGGCUCGGUAUUGCCACCUCGUCAGGCUCACGAUGAAUGGACAGAUGCGCUACGUCUACCUCGUCGGCGACGUGGUAUGCCAGGUUCAGCCGUUGGCGAGCACUUCGGCUGCAUGCCAGGCACUUGCGUUGAUGGAGUCUGGGUCGGCUUCGCUGUCGGAGAGCACGUUCAGCCACAAAGUGAGGAUCACGGACGCGGACGGCCACAGGUCGAACAGAGCUGGAGAACGCAUAUUGGACCGCAAGCGUGAGCCUGGAUGGGUUUGUCUUUUCUACCAGUGCCAAGCUCACUCUAUAGUGCGGGCACACAACAUUGCCAUGAAGCACGUCGACGUUGGCAUCAAGGGGGUGAUCCACCUAUCGCUGUGCUUCAGAGUAGCGGGGAGCAAGAAGACCCGCAGGCGCGUGUUAUUCACUCUCUUGCCCAGCAGCUCCAUGGCCGACACGCGCGAGAUCACCAUAUGGGUUGAUUAUGCAGCUGGCCUGGGCGAAGACGUUUUGAAAACAUCGGUUGCAGAUUCAAUGGUAGACGCAUUGAUGCCGCGUGCCCUGAGAGUGCUGAUCAGGAGCAAGUGGGGCACCAGUGAGUCGGCGAUCUGCGACGCGGGCCUCACCGAGAUGUGUCAUGGGCUUUUGGGCCCAGCAUUCACGUCAUGGUGCAGGUCGUUCGGAAGGGGGCGGUCGAAGCAGCAUGCGUUGGCGGCCCUGGUUGACGGUCGCGUGGACGACGUUGGCGCCGACGAGUGCGAGGACGACGAUAUGGGCGCCCACGAGGGCGCGGGUGGCGAUGCGGAGGCCGCUGGCGCUGGCAGCCGCCGAGAGAGGCUCAACAAGCAUAUGGCGUUCGCGAUGGGGACAGUCGGCAUUAACAGAUCGUUCCCUGUCACGGUUCUUGCCGACGGCGUCUUGGAGACCAGGUGCUUCGAGAAGAUGAUGCUGCUACUGUUCACCCCAGCGGCCUGGCACUUGAUCAGGCCAGAGGAAGUCAAGAACAGAAACACGUCGCUCGCCUUCAUCAUGAUAUCCGACGCUCUCGCCACCAUAACCCAGGAGGUUGCAUUGGUGAACCAAGGGUUUCCCACGCGACUGUUUCAGCUCUUCCAGCAGCCCGAGCUGGGGCCAACGAUGGAGGCCGCCCCCGACUGCAUGAAGGACGCGUUCACGAAGGAGCUGCAAUCAUCAUGUCGGUUGGGGGGCGAGGAAUGUUUGAUGCGCUUGGCGGCUAUGGCCAUGCUGAUCCAAGGCAACACCGUCCCCAACGAGGUCUUCAACGCCCAGAUGCGGAAGAUCGUCAAGUCUAGAACGCAGUGCCCCCAGUUCAAGGCGGUUGACCUGUCGACAGCUUGCGCGGGCGUGCACAGCCGCGCCAAAACUGAGGAUGUCACCCGCCCACGUCACGGGCCAGUUCACGAGCCGCGUGCUGGCGGAGGUUCUGGGGCACAUGCAGCUGAGCGCCGAAGGUACCAGCACGAGCAUCAUACAGGCGCUUGGGGCGUUUUUCAACAUGAGCAGGGCAUCAAUGACAUGAGGGAGGCGUCGGCGCGGUACCGCGCGUUGCCCCCUGCUGAGCGGGCGCGCCUGGCGGAAGAAGGUCGGAGAGCUGCCGCGAGGGCCCGUGACGGCUUCCGCGCCCUCCCGCCAACCCAGCGGCCAGUGGGCAUGCAUCGCAACGCCAGGCUUGCGACUACAGCCAUUGAGAGGUUUGCUGGCCGUGACCCCGAUGACACAGUCGACUUCCUGAUCCGUGAGUGCGGGGCUUCAGGAACGAGCUUGAAGGAUACCUUGUCCACGGUAGCGUCUUAUCGGAGGGGCUUGGCUGGCCAUCAGCGCCUCCAGGAAGAAGCAGACAAUCAACUUCUCGAGUUGUAUCGGGAUGAUGAGUCGAGAAGGGUCGUCCCCGAGCUGGUGCAUGCGAUCCCAUCGCUGGGGCCCGUGAGAGGGGUUCUCAGGUGUUUGCCGCCUGUUCUUGGAGCAGCCGUGGUUGAGCGAGACGCGUCGAGCUCCGCUGACGACGUUGCCUUGCUCGAGGAGGCGGCCCACGGAAUGUCCGUCACGCAUCAGUCCAAUGUGCAGCAGGCCGCUGAGAUGAUGUGGAACCACAUGCACCGAUUGCUACCUGACGAUCCUGAACUGUCAUCCCUUGGUGAUGCCGCUGAUGACCCAGCAGAGCAGUUCAAGGACGGAGAGUGCCUGCGCUACGGCAUGUGCGUGUGCGGUGCGGUGCACGACGGCUUGCGAGCGUUGCGCCGCAAGGUGUUCCAGGCUACGAAGAUGACGUUCAGCAAGGCCAGCCCGCAGACGAGAGGGCUCCUGGUUGGCCGCAGGGUCAUCGCCCGCUUCAUCUGGCUGGCGGACGAUAGCGACGAGGACGAACUCAUGAAUGAUCUUGGUUUGGAGCCACUCUAUUGGCAUUUGUCGGGCGUGAAGUUUUCGCCGCACGAGCUCAUGAUGCAGCCCAUGACGCCCGCGUCGCCUGCUGAGCGGCACGACGCGCGCGCUACGGACGACGAGCACUGCUUGAAG